AUGGCUUCUGUCACCUACCGCGCAUCCGGUUUCUGGUCGGAUAGGAUGACCUACUUUGGGGAUACGGAACAGGGCAUGGACGAUGUUGAGGCCUCUUUGGACAUUGACGUGUCCUUUGCGUGUCCUUUGAAAGACAUAAAUACACCGGAGCUGGUUCACCAACCAAGUACCAACUUCUCUUGUCACAACAAUAUCUGGUCGUCCUUGUCGCGCCAAAUCAUGGCUUAUGGCGUCCUCCCUGUCUCUCGAAUUCUAACAGUGAAAAUACGGUACGGUUAUAGGCAUAGAUCCCUCGCAACUUCUACUCUCACACCAGCAAUCUCACCCGCUUCAAGCGCUCGAUUAACACCAGUAUCGUCUCUUCGGCCACUUCCGAACACGCAGAUAUCGUCUGCGUCGGCAACCGAACAGAACUACGAUGUUCUAUCAACAGCCGCUGCCAUCCUUUUCCUCACUCACUUCCGUCGGCUGGGCCAGUAUUCUUGUCAACUUACAUGCCCUACAAACAGCGCACCUUCAAUCUCGAUGGCCAAAUUAAUGCUCAGUGGUCUCGCGAACUCGGCGCAGACAGCCGUCUCAGGAUCCAAAACAAGUUCCAUUGCUGCGGAUAUUACUCACCCUUCUUCGAAGCCACUAUCUCCCAAACCUGGUACGCCCGCUCCAGUUUUCCCAGGGUGCAAAGAAGCUUACAUCGACUUCGAGAAACACGUCUUGUACCUUUGGUACACGAUUGCUUUCUCCCUCGUCCCACUCCAGCUCGUCAUCAUGCUCGCAGGACUCUUGUGCUCAAACCACGUAACCCACCGCUUCGGUAAAGGCACCCUCCCAUGGCAGGUACGAUUCCCUGGAGAUGAAGUCGCCUUCACCGAGAGAAUAUGA